AUGCGUGUCGAUGAUGGUGGUGAUGAUGAUGAUGAUGAUGAUGAUGAUGAUGAUGAUGAUGAUGAUGAUGAUGAUGAUGAUGAUGAUGAUGAUGAUGAUGAUGAUGAUGAUGAUGAUGAUGAUGAUGAUGAUGAUGAUGAUGAUGAUGAUGAUGAUGAUGAUGAUGAUGAUGAUGAUGAUGAUGAUGAUGAUGAUGAUGAUGAUGAUGAUGAUGAUGAUGAUGAUGAUGAUGAUGAUGAUGAUGAUGAUGAUGAUGAUGAUGAUGAUGAUGAUGAUGAUGAUGAUGAUGAUGAUGAUGAUGAUGAUGAUGAUGAUGAUGAUGAUGAUGAUGAUGAUGAUGAUGAUGAUGAUGAUGAUGAUGAUGAUGAUGAUGAUGAUGAUGAUGAUGAUGAUGAUGAUGAUGAUGAUGAUGAUGAUGAUGAUGAUGAUGAUGAUGAUGAUGAUGAUGAUGAUGAUGAUGAUGAUGAUGAUGAUGAUGAUGAUGAUGAUGAUGAUGAUGAUGAUGAUGAUGAUGAUGAUGAUGAUGAUGAUGAUGAUGAUGAUGAUGAUGAUGAUGAUGAUGAUGAUGAUGAUGAUGAUGAUGAUGAUGAUGAUGAUGAUGAUGAUGAUGAUGAUGAUGAUGAUGAUGAUGAUGAUGAUGAUGAUGAUGAUGAUGAUGAUGAUGAUGAUGAUGAUGAUGAUGAUGAUGAUGAUGAUGAUGAUGAUGAUGAUGAUGAUGAUGAUGAUGAUGAUGAUGAUGAUGAUGAUGAUGAUGAUGAUGAUGAUGAUGAUGAUGAUGAUGAUGAUGAUGAUGAUGAUGAUGAUGAUGAUGAUGAUGAUGAUGAUGAUGAUGAUGAUGAUGAUGAUGAUGAUGAUGAUGAUGAUGAUGAUGAUGAUGAUGAUGAUGAUGAUGAUGAUGAUGAUGAUGAUGAUGAUGAUGAUGAUGAUGAUGAUGAUGAUGAUGAUGAUGAUGAUGAUGAUGAUGAUGAUGAUGAUGAUGAUGAUGAUGAUGAUGAUGAUGAUGAUGAUGAUGAUGAUGAUGAUGAUGAUGAUGAUGAUGAUGAUGAUGAUGAUGAUGAUGAUGAUGAUGAUGAUGAUGAUGAUGAUGAUGAUGAUGAUGAUGAUGAUGAUGAUGAUGAUGAUGAUGAUGAUGAUGAUGAUGAUGAUGAUGAUGAUGAUGAUGAUGAUGAUGAUGAUGAUGAUGAUGAUGAUGAUGAUGAUGAUGAUGAUGAUGAUGAUGAUGAUGAUGAUGAUGAUGAUGAUGAUGAUGAUGAUGAUGAUGAUGAUGAUGAUGAUGAUGAUGUGGAUGAUGAUGAUGAUGAUGACGAUGAUGAUGAUGAUGAUGAUGAUGAUGAUGAUGAUGAUGAUGAUGAUGAUGAUGAUGAUGAUGAUGAUGAUGAUGAUGAUGAUGAUGAUGAUGAUGAUGAUGAUGAUGAUGAUGAUGAUGAUGAUGAUGAUGAUGAUGAUGAUGAUGAUGAU